GAGAUGGUCUGAACCCCCGAUGGACUCAUUUCCAUCCUGCUCACUCCCAGUGAACAUCUGAACAUCAGAUUUAAAAAAAGGGGGAAAUAUACGGAAAUAAAAUAACAAUAAUCUUAUAAAUGCGCUCAUUUUAUUAAAGGGAAAUGGGUUUAAACGUGUAAUUGUGUAAUAAGAAUGCCAGAAUUCCGUUAUUUUGCGCAGUGAGCAUGCGCAGGUGCAGCAGCAGGUCACGUGUUCUUGUAGAGAAAAAUAAAGAAAUCUCUGCAGAGCUGAGGCUAACGGCGGAGUUACGGUCCUCACGGCGGAGACUCCGGGAGUGAGAAAGCAGCCAGCGAACCGAGAGAAGCAUGAGCUAGGCCACAGAGACGCGGUGACGCUCACAGGUGAUCAGGUGUGUGUUGUAUCAGCUGCAGGAUGCCCAUCCCUCCUCCACCUCCUCCUCCACCUGGGGGACCCCCGCCUCCCCCCACCUUCAGCCAGGCCAAUACCAGCCCCCCGAAGCUGAGCAAGGAGGAGGCCAAAGGUCGUGGCGCUCUGCUGUCGGACAUCUGCAAAGGCGCCAAGCUGAAGAAGGUGGCGGUGGUAAACGACCGCAGCGCCCCGCUGCUCGACAGUAAGACUCAGACACCAAAGAGCCAAACAACCCCCACAGAGCACCCAUACAUUCGCUUAUACCAGUACCUACACCAGCAGCAGAGCCUGCCCAAACAGCAGGGGGCGCCGUCUGAGGAGCAGAAGAAGACGGUCGGAGAUAAGAGCCCCACGCUGUCGCUGGAGAAGCCGAAAGGAGGAGGAGCAGCAGCUGCAGGAGCCAAUGGGAGCGGAGCAGGCAGUCCAUCUGGUUCUGCUGCACCAAUCGGAGGCCUGUUCACAGGCGGAGUUCCCAAACUGAGGCCAGUCGGAGACAGUUUUCAGAAGUACAGUCACCUGUGUCGAUCACCUGUAUUGAUCACCUGUGUCGAUCUCUCCUCAGCUCCUCCGGUUCCGGUCCAGACGUCCUUGAGGGCUGGUGGCAGAGAAGCCCCGCCUCCCCCUCCUUACAGGACACAUGGUAGCCCCUCCCUCUCUUCCGAUCCCCCGACCCGAGGAAAACCUCCUCCCCCGCCCACCCGCACCCCAGCCGCUCCUCCCCCGCCUCCCCCUCCUCUCCGAAACGGGCACUCCUCCUCCGUCCCUCGCUCGUUUGCGGAUGAUUUUGAGUCCAAGUACUCGUUCCAUCCUCUGGACGACUUCCCUCCUCCGGACGAGUACAGACACUUCACCAAGAUCUACCCGAGCAAGGCCAACAGAGUGAUGCGAGGAGCUCCUCCCCUUCCUCCGGUCGGGAGGUGAACCAGGAAGAUCACACACCUGGACCACACACACACACACACACACACACACACUCUGUAUAAUGGGUCACUAUGAUAGAUAUUAGAUAAUAUUAUUCCACAGUGUGUCUCAUAAUUCCUGACAUGGUGACGUCUCCACUGAUCGACUGGUUGAUUUGAUUUGAUUACAUCAAGUGAAUUUAGUGAUUUUUGAGCUGUUUUGGCAUCAUUGAGCUUCCGUACAGCAAACAGCUGUUUCAUGAUGAGUCAGCAUUGAGGAAGUUGCCGAAGUGACCAAUCAGAUGACGGGAAGAUCACGUCAAA